CGACAGGAUACUACUUUACCUACUUCGUACAAUACCAAGGCAAUGGCACUACUGUGCUGUACAUGUACGAGGCCUCGUAGCUUUGCAAGCCCUUCCCGCUGCGUGCCAGCCCGGCCAAGGUGCGGUCCUGGCCAGCCAUUCGCCGGAAAGGUUUAUUCCUGUUGUUCUCUCACACUGGCCGUCCACACGCCCCCCUACCCACCUGUCGGCACUCCCCUGCAGCAGCUGCAGCAGCUAGCAGCUUGUGACUUUUGAGCAACCCCAGAGAGAAGAGAGAGAGAGAGAGAGAGAGAAGGAGAAGGAGUCAGUCAAUGGGCCGUGGGAAUAGAGGAGAGGUGCUGGGUUUGUGCUGGGGCUGAUGAUGGUGAUGGUGAUGAUGGUGCUGUUGAGCACCGUGCAGUACAGACAGAGGGAAGAAGAUGAUGGGAAAAGCAACACUCAACAUACAAUCGAG